AUGAUGGCGGAGACUGCAACAAUCCAAUCAAGUAUACCACCUCCCUAUCAAGUGCUUUUUGGUCAUCAUCAUACACCAGUACACAACAGCAAUAACAUUUCAAAACAAUCUUCCUCUUCAUCAGUUUUACUCUCCAAUACUUCAAUGAUGGAAUCAAAAUCUAUUAAACCUUCACCCAUGAAAUCCGUAACCCCAAAAUCCCUUGUAAAAUCCACCUCAUCAGCUCAUUCAGCAACAACUCCAAAAUCUACUCUUACUACCUCCUCCACUACAACAAAAACAACCUCAAAUAACAAGUCAUCCAAUAGUCAAAAUGGAGUCAUUAGUAGACCUCUUUUAAGUUCGGGCUCAUCCUCAUCAAUAGCUUCCACUACAUCUACAACAUCCCUUCAUUCAGCAAGAACAACGAUAGGGACAUCACAAAGGAAAUCAGCUCAAUUAGAAUCGUCUAAAACCUCAACAACAACCUCUACUACAACAAAAUCAUCCUUCAGAAAACCACCAGUUCCAAACCUGAGAAGUUCUUCUCAACAAAGUCUCCCAGUUUAUACACCAAGCAAAGCCACUGCUAAGGUUGUUACAAAUACACCCUCUGCCAGAGGAUUGCUUAACAGUGCCAGAAAUUCUAAUACUCUUUCAGCAAGAAGUAAUGUAUCAGUUCAUUCACCGAUCACUCCAACCAGACAAAUUUCUUCUAGGCCUCAAUCAACAAAGGUGAAAGACAUUGUUCCAUCUCCAGCCAAUAGUUUACUGAUAGGUAGUGUUCCUCUUAGCUCAUCACAACCCUCUUCGUCAAGAAGUACGAGUUCAACCUCUUCUACAUCAUCUCAAUUCAAUUCUCUGCUUAUCUCCAAUACUUACGAUGACGAUGACGAUGAGGACUUUAUUGUUCCUGAAACUAAACCGACAACACCUUCAUCAUCUUCUAGUAUUGCCAAAAAGUUUAACCUUACCCUCAAUCUGAGUAGUAUAACGAAUAAUACUCCUCCCAUGCUUCCAAGUACUGUGCCACUUAAUGUCCCUAAAAAACCACCAGUAAGAACUGUCACAUCUGAGCCCGUUGUCACUACUAAGAAAAAUAUUGUGACUGUGACACCUGUAAAAACAAACAUCACUGGACCUACAGCAUCCACCAGCCCAAAAUCAACCAAAAAAUCGAAUAUUCUCCAUGGAGGAAUAACAAGCUCAACAACUCUUCCAAGGCCUUCCAAGAAGGCCACUCCAAGGACUUCAAACAUUGUGUUGGAGCAACAUCACGAAGACAGUACUCCAACAAAACCUAGUGUUACUGAUUCUGUAGAAAUUCUUAGUGCAAGACCUGUAGUGGAGGAUGUUAUUUUCAAUAGGUCUCCCUCACAAGCAUCGACUAGUCCAAAACCAUCCUUAAUUACCUCACCAAAUCACAGCGAAGAAUCUUCACUCUCCACCUCUAGGUCGAAACAAAGCAGUAUUUAUGAUGAGAUAGAAGAAUAUAAAAACUUUGAAGAUAAGGAAAUAGCCACACUCCAGCAGAGCUUCUCCAAGUCUUCAAGAAGCACUUUACAAACAGAAAACAAAGAAGAAUUUUGGAAUAUGGUAGACAGAAGUCAUACGUGCAUUCUGUAUGAGAGCGAGAAGCUAUACAAAUUAUUUUGUCUGUGGAUUAGUGAACAACAAGAACAGGAAAUUGAAGAUAUUUAUUCAAGUGUUGAUGAAAAAUCAAGACGAGAUGAAUUGGCCAAGCUGAAAACAAACUCUUGUGUUAUAUAUGAAGAAGCUUUUUGCGAAAUAGUUCAAUACUUUCUACAACUUGCUUGUAAAUAUUCAGACGACCUCUUGGAUCACUGGUGUGAGUUUAAUUGUUUGGACUUUUUUGAUUUCUUGGAUGUAAAGAGUUGUGGAGCUGUUUCUAAAGAAUCUGUGUUUAUGAUUCUAUGUUUGAUAUCAUCUCAAAUAUGCAGAAAACUUGCUGCCUUUCUUGACACCUUUGGAGACACCCUUUUUGAAUUUUGUAGGCCUGUCUCGAGCAAAUCUUCAGUAUCCAAAACAGUUAACAUUCACAUGACAAGAAAAUUGGCCUUCAUUUGUAACAUUGACGAUGUUCAAUUUACCAAGUCAAUUUGCAAAUUAGGUUUGGCAAACUGUGAAACUUUGAAGAAAGAGGAAGUAUUUAAAAUUUACUCUUUAAUUUUCUCUAGAUACGAUAAGGGGUCUUUAUCCGAGAAGGGUUACUUUGUCCCACCAAUGGUGACUCCAAUAGAGGACAAGCACAAAGCUCCAAUAUCAGCAAGAACCUUUGGAAACAUUUCAUCUAGAUACCAUGAAACACCUAACAGUGGAUCAACUCUGACUUACACCUCUAUUGUAGUUGAAACCAAGUCACAGACACACGAGCAAGUAGAUCAAAAUGAGGAAACUAAAGACGAACCUCAACUCUCUGAUAGAACUCCAAAAGUUGUGUACAGCAGUUCUAAAAAAAUAGCACUCCCAAUCAGAAACAAUUCAAAUACUCAACUAGUUGACACUCUGUCAAGUGACCCUGUGAAAACCAGCAACACUAAGGAUCUCAAUUCUCACACAGAAUCAAUAGAAGAGAAUACUUCCGGCAGAGAACCAAAAACAGAUAUUGACUAUAUUGAGCAACCAAAGGACAAGUUGUUUGUCUCUGCUCAAAACACAACCAACAAUGGAAAAGGAAACAAGUAUCUUAUCGAAACAACACCAACUCCAAACAAUACACCAAACGAAGAAUCAAAGAAAAAGAAGAAGAAACGAUGGAAGUGUUGUGUGAUGUAAUAAAUAUUUAUUG